AUGGCGAGAUUCAUGCGCCACCACAAGGAACAUGAGCCUCCGAUUGGCGAGAUACCAGUCCCUCAUGGUCCUGAUACUGGGAACGAACAUGAACAUUACCCAAUCCCUCCGGCCACCGACUACGAGAAGGAGAUCUUCAAGCAUUUAACACACCCGGACGAUUCAUAUACGCCAGAAGGUGUAUACUGGGCCGACCUUCCUCUAUCGAAGCGCUUCAACUUCGUUAGCACCGUGGACAAAGCCGAGGUUUCUGCGGAAUGGAGUAGCAUAAAGUCCAUGAUGAAAGAGGACUUCCUGGGUCCGUUGAAGUGGUACUUCAGACACGCUGUAUUACCCGGUGCUGGACUUGGUCUCGAAGGUUACGUUCUCUUCUCCAUUGGCAAUCUUGAGCCCUUGUUCAAGAAGGCAUGGCCGGAGUGCUGGGACAAAAAGGCCGUGUGCAGCGAUAACUGGGUCGCGUCUGUCACCUACCUUGAAGUCAUUGGCAUCAUGGUUGGACAAGUCUUCGUCGGUAUCAUUGGCGAUUGGAUUGGACGACGAUGGGGUCUAAUUCAGGAUGCCCUCAUCAUGUUCAUCGGUCUUCUCAUGCUUACAGGUUCCUGGGGUGUUACGCUCGAGGGCUGGGUCAUAUGUUAUGCCUGGUCUCUGUUCUUCUAUGGCAUUGGUGUUGGCGGCGAAUAUCCCAUCACAGCAACUUCGUCAAUGGAGAAUGCCGUGAUGGCCGGCAAGCUCUCGACGCGCGAUGACCGACUUCACCGUGGCCGAAAAGUUACCAUGGCUUUCCUGAUGCAGGGAUGGGGCCAGUUUUUCAACCAAGUACUGCUCAUCAUCCUGAUGCUCAUUUUCAACCGCGGCCAGGGAGACCCACCGUACAGCGCGAGAAUGGCGCAGUACAUCUUCAGAAUAUCCUUCGCCAUCCCCGCCAUUGGGACCCUGUGGCUGUGUUACUAUCGUACAUACAGGAUGAAAGCUGCCGGCAAACAGCUGCUGAAGGCCAAGAAGAAGGCAAACGUCACCGGCUACGAUGUCAAGUCGUUGAAAAUGACCGUGACCAACUUCGGCGGACGCCUGGUGGCGACCGCUGGUGGCUGGUUCUGCAACGAUGUCUUCUUUUACGGCAACAAACUGUUCCAAAGUCAGUUUAUCAACGUUCUGUCUGACAACCCUUCGUCGAUCAUGACCACCUGGACCUGGAAUCUUGUCAACGUGGCCGUCUCUCUCGUUGGCUAUUACGCAGCAUCCAUGUUGAUCGACAACAAGAUGUACGGGCGGAAAAUGAUGCAACAGGUCGGCUUUUUCAUGUGCUUCCUCAUGUUUGUCAUUCCAGCCUUCAACUACGAAUUCUACGUAAGCCCGGCCGGUGUGCACGCUUUCCAAGCCAUGUACUUCCUGUCGUCGUUUUUCAACCAGUUCGGGCCCAAUUCAGUCACGUUCCUCGUCGCCGGAGAAGUCUUCCCUACGCAAAUCCGAGCAAGUGCUCACGGCUUUUCCGCAUGUAUGGGUAAGGCUGGUGCCCUUCUCGCCUCGGUAUUAUACAACUACAUCGAUACGCAGACCAAGUUCUACGUGGUGCCGUGGUUCGGCUUGGCCGGUAUGCUCAUGACGUACCUUUGGCUCCCCGACACCACUGGUCUCGACCUCAAGGAGCAGGAGCGCCGCUGGCAAUACAUCCUGCAAGGACGCGAGCAGGAUUACCACGGCGUGGCUAUCCACCCCAAGCACUUGUCGGUAUGGGAGCGCUGGAUGGGCGUCGGCAAGAACUACUACCCGGACAUGGACAUGAAGGCCAAGAUUGAGGACAUCAAGGGCGAAUGGCAAGAAAAGGAGGCGAGCAAAAACGAGUCAGAAACCGGCGUUGACGAUUUGGAUGACGGGGAGGAAUUCACGGACGACAUCCACAACUAUUUCCGUGGCGCACCUCCCGCUCAGGGCGGGCUGAUGAUAAAGAACAAGGAAGAGCAGAAGGGGUCUGAAAGCGAGUCGGAUAAGUGA